UUUGGGUGCUGCAGACAGAGCAAGACACGUUUGGAGAGAGUCCUUGGUUUUCCUAGAGUGACUUCCAUUCACUGACAUAAUGUUCCUGAACUGAAGAGGCUUGAGUUCAUUUCCACAAUUGUGGAAAAAUGUUAACCAGUGAAAGAGCCCAUUUUUGGUCAGGAGGUACUCCACGAAGUAGGUCUGCAGGAAAUUUGAUUGACAUGGAAGCUGGAAAACCCUCCGAAAAGUGCAGUAUCACAGAAUGUCCAGACCCAAGCUUGCUUCUCAGCUGGCCAGAUGCUUUCACACUUCAUGGCAAUAAUGUCUCCAAAGCUACAAAUCCAUUCUGGGAUGAACUGUCUGCUUCUAACCCAUUUUUGGAUGAUAUAACUCAGUUAAGAAAUAACCAGAAGAAAGGUAGUAUUUCCAUCUUGAAGGAAGAUCCUUUUCUUUUUUUUAGAGAAAUAGAACCUGGAAAUUCUGUAGAUUCCUCUGGUGAUGAACUUGAUGUGCACCGAUUGCUUAGGCAGUCUUCCUCGAGGAAAUCAGGGAGAUCUAAAAGUGUUUCAGAACUUUUGCACAUUUUAGAUGACACAGUACAUGUCCAUCAGAAUAUACAGAACUCUGACCAGAUCCUAGAACAAGAUUUGGAAUGGCUUCAUAAUGAUCGAGAGGCUUAUAAAAUGGCUUGGUUAAGUCAACGCCAGCUGGCCCGCUCCUGCCUAGAUUUGAAUACAAUUAGUCAGAGUCCUGGAUGGGCACAAACACAAGUUGCAGAGACUGUGGUCGUUUGUCAGUUAAACCACCAAGGAGGGUCAGUACAAUUACCUGAAUCAGACAUCACUGUUCAUGUGCCCCAAGGGCAUGUAGCUGUGGGAGAAUUCCAGGAAGUAUCUCUAAGGGUUUUUCUUGAUCCUCCACAAAUGCUUAAUCAUGAUCUUUCGUGCACUGUGAGCCCACUGUUGGAAAUCAUGUUAGGCAACCUUAACACAAUGGAAGCCAUUUUGCUGGAGAUGAAAAUCAGUGCUGAAGUGAGAAAGGACCCUUUCAGCCAAGUCAUGACAGAAAUGGUGUGUUUACACAGCCUGAGUAAAGAAGGCCCUUUCAAAGUGCUAAACAGCUGCUACAUUUAUAAAGACACCAUCCAAGUCAAGCUAAUAGAUUUGAGUCGGGUGAUGUACCUAGUGGUUGCUGCGCAAGCUAAAGCUACUCAGUCACCAGCUGUCACCAUUUGGGAUUAUAUCCACAAAACCACCUCGGUUGGAAUUUAUGGACCCAAACAUAUCCAUCCCAGUUUCACUACUGUUUUCACAGUUUGUGGACACAGUUAUUUGCCAGGAAAGCUGACAAUCUCUGGUAUUAGGAAGGGUAGAAAAAACACAUCUCCAGUUGUGUUUCAGCUCUGGGGGAAGCAUUCAUUCUUACUUGACAAGCCACAAGAUUUAAAUAUUUCUGUUUUUUCAUGUGAUCCUGAUUUUGAAGUAAAGGCAGGGGGAGAAAAAGGAAUUAAACAAAAGCAGCUGCAAGCGAGUCAAGUAGUUCAUCAACAAUUUUUAUUUUCUUUGGUUGACUCCAGAGAAAUGCACUUGUUUGUUUUCCGUGUUCAGCUGCAGCCUGCCGAUGGCAGGCCAGUUACACAGUUCGAUAUCACUACUCCUGACCCAGCUCCAAACCUAAAGAGACACUCAAACCUGCCAGGCGAUUUGCAGAAAGGGAAGGAAAUCAAGUCUGUUCCUUCAUUACCAACAGUGCAUGUUAAAUAUCCCACCUUUCAAGACAAAAAUUUGAACUUUACCAAUUACGGAGUAACGCUGAAGACAGUGCUAAGAAAAAAGAAGAUUGACUACUUACUUGAAUAUUUCAAAGGAGACACAAUAGCUCUCCUUGGAGAAGGUAAGGUAAAAGCCAUUGGGCAGUCCAAAGUAAAAGAAUGGUAUGUGGCAGUCUUGAGAGGUAAGAUUGGACUUGUACACUGCAGAAAUGUCAAGGUGAUUGCAAAGGAACAAGUAAUGCCUGUGUCAGAUAGUGUCUUCACUACGAGGAGCCUCCUUGAACAAAUUGUCCUGCCCUUUAAGAAACUGACCUAUAUCUACUCAGUUGUAUUGACUUUGGUGUCAGAAAAAGUUAAUGAUUGGAAAGCUUUAGCUGAUGUACUGGGUUACUCACAUAUGGCACUGGAAGAUUUUGAUCGAACACAAGCCGACAAAGAAUCAGAAAAAGUUUCUUACAUUUUAAAGAAGUUAAAGGAAGAUUGCCAUGCAGACAGGAAUGCCAGAAGGUUUCUUUAUGAACUUGUCGUGGCUCUGCUGAAGAUAGAUCGCCAAGGUUUGGUGGCUCACAUCAUCCAAGAGGCCACCAUCCUGACUUCAGCUGUCAAGCUGGGCAAGGGCUGGAGAGAACUAGCUCCGAAGUUAGCACGACUCACAAAGAAACAAAUGGAAGCAUAUGAAGUUCCUCACCGAGGAAAGGCUGGGCAUGUCGCUGUUGAGAUGAUGUGGAAGCCAGCCUACGAUUUUCUCUACGCUUGGGGAGCUCACUGUGGAAACAGCUGCAGAGAUGUGUUACAAGACCUUCAAUCCGCCUUGGACAGAAUGAAAAACCCUGUGACCAAACAAUGGCGAGACUUAACUGGAGCUUUAAUACUAGUACAUUCUUUAGAGCUUUUAAGAGCAACUGCAUUCUCCACUUCUGAGGAAGUAUAGAAAUGAAGGAUGCAAACAUCAGGCCACUUCAUUGUUGGGAAAGGAAAGAAAAACCCUCUCUUCUUUCAAGUUACUUUUAAUUUAAGUGACAACAAAUGGUCAUUAGCAUAAUUACUUCAUGCAGAUACCCAGAUAAACUAGAAGCUCUCAAUGUGAACAAUGAAGUUUUACCAGGAGGCAGGUGGGGACAGAGGAGAAGCAAACACAGGCUUUGUGGACCGGCCCAGGGCUGCAGGCUUCCUGCCUCCAGUCUCAUCUCUCUCUGUGGGGUGUGCUGACAUUAUUCCCAUUUUCCAUGAUAGUGAGUGUGAAGUAGGUUUUUUCUCUGCAAAACCUGGUUUUAUUUUUUUUUUAAUCCAGAGUGCAUAGUAAAAUAGUAAAAAAAAAAAUGAAUAUUAAAACUUAAUUGAAGCUCACUGCUCUUGUCCACCAUCUCUUGAAAGACAGCCAAAUGGAAUAUGUGACUUAUCAGAAAUCCGUUGCUACAAAUAUGAACUGGAGUUUUCACCACAUUCCUCUGCCUUCCCCUAGCUGACCCCGGGGCUUUCUUCAGGACCGUAAUUUAGAAUAAUAGUUCAUCAACUGUCAAGGAUUUUUCAUACUAAGGGUUACUUAAAACAAUAAAUUGGCCUUAUCACUGUUGAA